GUGAGCGUGGCUGUCAAGCAACUACACGAAGAAAUUGCUCUCCCAAUCUACAUCGAGAAAAUGGAGAGAGAAAUGUAGCUAUUGGCUGAAGUGCGACACCCAAACCUUGUGCAAUUCAUUGGUGCUAUUUUUGAUAAGCCAAACCAAGCCAAUCGAUCCCCUCCUCUCAUCAUCACCGAGCUUUUGGACAUGAAUCUCCGACAAGCGUACGAGAGGAAUCAACUGGACCCAGGAAAUCGUCUCUCGAUCUUCAUGGACAUUGCCCUAGCUCUGAACUACCUGCACCAGCGCUACGAUCCCAUCAUCCACCGUGAUGUGAGUGCUCCCAACGUCCUCCUUCAGCGAAUGCCCAACCACCAGUGGAAGGGGAAGGUCUCUGACCUGGGCUCAGCCAACUUCCUGCAGCAUGCUCAUACGAUGGGAGAGGGGGCCAUAAUCUACUCCCCUCCUGAAGUCAUCCCUCAAGCCUUUGAUCCUCUCACUCCACCUCUGAGACAGUCUGUCAAGAUCGAUGUGUACAGCUACGGCAUUGUCCUCUGUGAGGUGACCGCUAGUCGAUUCCCAAGUGCUGAACAUUAUCGAGACAUGAUUCUCCAAGUACAGAGGCAGCGUCCUGCAGUGUACGAGCUGAUACUCCACUGCACUAAGAGAGAGCCCAGCCAUCGACCCAGCAUGGCACAGGUGAUGGUGGAACUGAACAAAAUAGCACCCUUUUAACUAUGAACAAUGUGAACACUUGUCUAUCUAGCACCGUCUUUGUAUUGAAUAUUGAUUUUAAUUACUUUAUGAUUUUUAUUUAUAGCUUUGGCUUUUGUAGUGUGUGUUUGCACUCUCCUAUUAUGAUGAUUACUAUUGACUUUAUCUCA